AUGAAAGAAAAAGAAAUUUCCGAAGAUGAAUAUAAAUAUAUAAAUUUAUAUAAAAUUCCACAUAUUAUAUUUUUUUCAUUGUUGGUUUUAUCAUGGAUUUUAUUAAUAGUUACAUUUUCAGGAACCACUUAUUGGUAUAAAUAUGAAAAUUCAAAUACAAAUACAACAGUACAAUGGCGUUUUACAGAGGUCAAAAUCGAAAAUACUACAAAUAAAGAAAACUAUAAAGCAAAAUACACAAAGUAUGGCAGUAAUGAAUCAUCAUUAUUUAGAGCAUGUAUAGCAUUUACAAUUCUAUCAUUUAUUAUUGUAAAUUUAGUGUUGAUUGGUUUCCUAUUUCAAAUACUACAAAGAUAUAUUUAUGGUAAAUGGUUGAUCGUCGCAAUGAGAUUUUUACCAUUAAUAGCAUUUUUAUUUGCCCUCCUCUCGAUUCUAAUUGCAUUGGGCUUUAAUAAAGCCUACGAAAAAGAUUGCGACAAAUCAUCAACCUGUUUUACAGCAAUAUUCAAGGGCAACUUUAAAGGAAGUAACAACAGUGGGGAAUCUUGGGGACCUGGCGUAGGAUGGAUUACAAGUUUGAUUGGAACUUGUUUUUUAUUUGCAGCUGCUGGAAUUUCAAUUUAUAUCAACAAAGAUUUUAUUCCAAAGUUUAGACAAUACAAUAAUGAUUUAAAUGAAAUAAAUAAUAGCUCAAGCUCAAGCACAACUACCAUAUCCGCCAAUAAUAAUAGUAGUAACAACAAUAAUAAUAAUAAUAAUAAUUCGUCAAUUCAUGUAUUACCAUAAAAAUAAAAAUAAAAAUAAAAAUAAAAAUAAAAUAAAAAUAGUACUUCCAAAAAUGUAUAUAUAAAU